ACUAUGCAUUGUUUUUUGCGUGAUCUGGGUUGACAAUGUGACAGGACAAGCACGAUACUCCAUCCUAGAGGAGAUGGCAGAGGGAUCUUUUGUCGGUAAUAUUGCGAAGGACUUGGGUUUGGAGGUCAGUCGACUUGUUACUGGUAAAGCUCGCAUUGUAACAAAGGGGAGUCGUCAGUAUGUUGAUCUCAACAGAGACAAAGGCACUCUGGUUGUUAAAGAGAGAAUAGACAGAAAGGAGCUCUGCAACCAGACUACGCCUUGCAGCUUUAGUUUUGAGGUUAUAAUCGAAAAUCCCAUCCAAUUGUAUCGAAUAACAGUCGAGGUCCGGGAUAUAAACGACAAUGCCCCUUCCUUUCAGAGAGAUAGUGUUAACCUGGAAAUUAGCAAAUCUGCCGUAUCUGGAGCUCGCUUCUCGUUAGACAGUGCAGAGGACCGGGACGUGGGCGGUAAUAGUAUCCAAAGCUAUACCCUGAAACCAGUAAAUAAUUUCACUCUAGAGUUACAUAGCCUAACUGACGGAGAGAAAUAUGUCGAGAUGAUUUUGCAAAAUCCGUUAGAUAAAGAGAGACAGGAGGAAUUUACGCUGUUGCUUAUAGCAAACGAUGGGGGUGAUCCUCAAAAAUCUGGCACUCUUCAUAUCCAUGUAAUUGUAAUAGAUGCCAAUGAUAAUGCCCCCGUUUGCAGCCAGUCUGUUUAUAAAGCAGAUAUAAAAGAAAAUUCCCCAAUAGGAACCUUUAUAACAAAUGUAAGCGCUGCUGAUGCUGAUAGUGGGUCGUACGGGAAAGUGUCCUAUUCUAUUGCCCAUGUAAGCAGGGAAGCGAAUGGUCUAUUUCAGAUGAAUGCGGAAACGGGGGAGAUAACAAUGUCAGCCCAGUUAGAUUAUGAAAAGGAGAAAAACUACCAAUUAAAUGUAAAAGCAAGAGACCAUGGUGGUCUUACCAAUACAUGUAAAGUUGUUAUUGAAAUUUUUGAUGAAAAUGAUAAUUCUCCAACAAUACAACUGAUGUCUUUUUCCAAUACCAUAGCAGAGAAUUCCCCUCCUGGAACUACAGUAGCCGUGAUAAAUGUAGAGGAUGCAGAUGCUGGAAAAAACGGCGUGGUGCACUGUUCUAUAAACCCAGAUAUGCCAUUCAAAAUUGAGUCGUCAAUGACCGACUAUUAUAGCUUAGUAACUGAUGGCAUCCUCGACCGAGAAUCGAUUUCAGAAUACAACGUCACCAUAAAUGUAUCAGUCGACUGGACACCGAUUCUCUUCAGUAAUAAAACAGUGACAGUGAAAGUGACAGAUGUGAAUGACAACCCACGGCCUUUGACCGCUGUGUCUAUGAGGCAUUUCUAACAGAGAACAAUUCGCCGGGGGUCUCCAUAUUUACUAUCAGAGCGAGUGAUGCUGACUCUGGUCAAAAUGCGCGCUUGUCCUACUACCUGGAGGACAGGGAUAUAAAUGGGGUACAGGUCUCUUCACUGGUCUCGGUAAAUUCAGAGAAUGGAGUUAUUCAUGCGGUGGGCUCAUUUGAUUAUGAGCAACUUAAACAGUUUCAUUUUAAUAUAACCGCGCGAGACGGUUAUAUUCAGUGAAACUGUUACUGUACAUAUUUCUAUCCAAGACCAGAACGACAACGCUCCUCAGGUUCUCUACCCAGUACAGACUAUUAGCUCUCUGGUGGCUGAAAUGGUGCCUCGUUCAGCAGAUGUGGGCUUUCUUGUCACUAAAGUGGUGGCUAUUGAUGUGGACUCUGGACAGAAUGCCUGGCUCUCAUAUAAACUGCAGAAAGCGUCAGACAGGGCGCUGUUUGAAGUGGGUUUACAGAAUGGAGAAAUAAGAACCAUACGCCAGGUCACUGAUAAAGAUGCUGUGAAACAAAAACUCACUGUUAUAGUGGCGGACAACGGGCAGCCCUCUCGAUCAGCUACAGUCAAUGUGAAUGUGGCGGUGGCGGACAGCUUCCCUGAAGUGAUCUCAGAACACCCUGACUUUACGCACGACAAGGAAUACAAUGAUAACCUGACUUUUUUUUAAAUUUUGGCACUUGUUGUGGUUUCACUGCUUUUUAUUUUUUCGAUUAUUGGUAUAAUUUCUGUGAAAAUCUACCGGUGGAAACAGAAUAAAUUAUUCUAUAAAUCUGCAGCAAACCUCCCUGUUAUCCCAUAUUACCCUCCCGUUUUCCCAGACGGGACCCUGGGAACCCUACAGCGUGUAUACAACUAUGAAGUGUAGGGAA